GUAUUCGCUUAAAUCCAAAUGUAAUCAUUCUAAAAUCACAAGUCAAACAGUAAAGGGUAUCCAAUUACGAUUUAUGCGUAUCUGUGUACUGUAAAUUCUUCCAAGUUUCACGUAUCUUUCAUUUCUUAUAUUGUAUGUCCAUGUUUUCUUUUGGGCUUUCGGAGGAAAAUGGUAAAAGUAAGCAGUGAGAUGAAAGGACAAGAUUGUUGAGGGAAACCCCCAAAUAAUAGAGCAGAGCAGCUGUGUGGGAACCCAUUAGGGAGGAGAGAGGAGAGAGGAGAGAGGAGAGAGGAGAGAGGAAUCCCAAUGCCCAGAGAUACAGACAGAUGAGCCUACUGUUCACACUCCAUUGUCCGUCCUUGUGAUCUGUUACACUAAUCCCUCCAAACCACCAUAUCAUUUCUUCUCUCUCACAUCCCAUUUUGAUUUUCCAGACCCGGCUUCAUUCACUUCCAUGAUCUGAUCGGGAAUUUGCCUUUUCUCUUCAGUAGAAAUCAGAAGAAAAGAGGGGAUUUUGAGUUAGUGGAGUUUGAGUUAUCACGUGAGAGUGGAGCUAGCAGAAAUGUCUGAAGACGACGAUCGCCCCCCACCUGUGGAUCUGAGUACUGACGCCGCCGCCGCAAACAAAGUCCGGAAUUUUAGCGGCGGUUCCGAUGAAGGUGGCGAGGGGUCCGGCUCCGCCGAGAACAUCCUCCACAAUGUUCUGGAGAACGUGCUCCACUUCCUGACCUGCCGCCGCGACCGGAACGCGGCGUCCCUCGUCUGCAAGUCAUGGUACCGUGUGGAAGCCCUCACCCGAUCCGAUCUCUUCAUCGGAAACUGCUACGCCGUCUCCCCACGCCGCGUGAUGACCCGGUUCAACCGGGUCCGGUCCGUGACGAUCAAAGGGAAGCCCCGGUUCGCGGAUUUCAACCUGAUGCCGCCCAAUUGGGGCGCCCAUUUCUCCCCAUGGGUGGCGGCCAUGGCCAAGUCCUAUCCUUGGCUCGAGAUAAUCUAUUUGAAGCGCAUGUCCGUCACUGACGACGAUCUCGCGCUGCUGGCCGACUCCUUUCCUGCCUUUAAGGAGCUCGUUUUGUUUUGCUGCGAAGGCUUUGGCACCAGUGGUCUUGCUGUGGUUGCCUCUAGGUGCAGGCAUCUUCGAGUUCUUGAUCUAAUUGAAUCUGACGUCACAGAUGAUGAAGUGGAUUGGAUAUCUUGUUUCCCAGAGAAGGAAACUUGUCUUGAGUCUCUGGUUUUUGAUUGUGUAGAAUGUCCCAUUAAUUUCGAGGCAUUGGAGAUGUUGGUGGGUAGAUCCCCAUCGUUGAAGAAACUUGGGGUGAAUCGUUACGUUUUGCUUGGGCAGCUAUACCGUUUGAUGAUUCGGGCUCCACAUCUUACACAUCUCGGAACUGGUUCGUUCGGUACAUCUGAGGCUGUGAUUCAGGGGGGAUCAGAGCUGGACUAUGGCUAUGCUUUUGCCGCUUGCAAAUCCUUAGUUUGUCUCUCUGGAUUCAAGGACAUUUUUCCUGAUUACCUACCAUGUAUCUAUCCAGUUUGUGCUAAUCUCACAACUCUGAACUUGAGCUAUGCAAAUAUAACUGCUGAACAACUCAAACCAGUUAUAAGUCACUGCCACAAGCUCCAGACUUUCUGGGCUCUUGAUUCGAUAUGUGACGAAGGACUUCAGGCUGUUGCUUCGACUUGCAAGGAAUUGCGAGAACUCAGGGUAUUCCCCAUUGAUGCUCGAGAACAUGGUGAAGGCCCCAUUUCCGAAGUGGGCUUCCAGGCAAUAUCUGAGGGUUGCAGGAAAUUGGAAUAUAUUCUCUACUUUUGCCAGACAAUGACCAACGCAGCUGUUGUUGCUAUGUCACAGAACUGCCAAGAUCUUGUGGUGUUUAGGUUGUGUAUUAUGGGUCGACACCAGCCAGACCACAAAACAGGAGAACCCAUGGACGAAGGAUUUGGUGCCAUUGUUAUCAACUGUAAGAAGCUCACCAGGCUUGCCAUAUCUGGACUAUUAACCGAUCGUGCUUUCAGCUACAUCGGGAAGUAUGGAAAACUGGUACGCACCCUAUCGGUGGCUUUUGCUGGAAACAGUGAUUUGGGAUUGAAAUAUGUGCUAGAGGGCUGUCUUAGAUUGCAAAAACUUGAGAUUAGAGAUAGCCCUUUUGGCGAUGCAGCCUUGCGAUCUGGUUUACAUCAUUACUAUAAUAUGAGAUUCCUCUGGAUGUCAGAUUGUAAACUGUCUCGCGAAGGCUGCCAAGAGGUUGCCACAGCAAUGCCUCACUUAGUGGUUGAAGUGAUGAGGAAUGAUAUUGAGGAGAUGGAUAACCAUCUUCAGGUGGAGGAUAUGGAGAAGCAGGUUCAGGUGUUAUACAUGUAUAGAUCUCUUGAAGGGCCGAGGGACGAUGCUCCAGAAUUUGUAGACAUCCUAUAGAAUUUUAGGUUCCCUAUUAUUUCAACUGGUCGAGCGAGAUCACACUGUUGUGCGGGAAGGUCUAAUAUUUAUUACUGCAGGAAGGUUCCUGUCUCCCCCCGAACAAAGUUGAGCAUCUGUUUAUUGGAUCAGGAACACCGCAGCGGAAUUGAAGUCAAAUUUCUAGAAUGGAGCAUAUUUCUUCUGGGGUAUGGGACUUCCUAUGCGAUUCGUCAGGCUAAACAUUCUUGUCAUAUCAGUAUUUUUCUAAUUCUUAAUGUUUCUCCAAAUCUGCAUUCCGUAAUUGUAAACAAGAGAGGUUAGAGAGGGCAGGGGUCGUAGAGCUGCAUCAAAAGCUUUGCUAACACUUGUGGAUCUUGUCGUCUAUCAAAUUCAGAUUGAACUUUAAAACAUUGGAGGGUCAAUCGACUAAGAGAUCCAAGAACAAGAUCCUUUCUCUACGGUGAUCGGCAGCAGGGGGAUUGCAGGUAAUCAGUCUUACAAGGAACCUUAGUUCGUCUCGAUUCAUAUGGUAGAUGGUUUAGGCCAUUGAUGAGAGAAUGAAAAACCGAGUAGGAUUCUUCUCUUUCCUCAAAUGAUGAUGUUUUUUCUUUGUUUUCUAAUCAGAGGGACUGGUGUAGUGUAGCAGCUGUUGUGGAGUUUAUUAUUGUUAUUUAUCAGCAAAUGUGAGAUUGGUAAUAAAUGCUAAAAUAUUCAUGAACAGGAUUCUCAUA